UAUGUUCCUGGCGCUGAGUACCAACCACUAGACGAUAUCAGAAACUUAGUGAAGUAAAUGUAGGGAUUCGGUUCCCUUACUGAUAACUAUUUUUUUACUUAAGGGGUGUUAUUUAUUAUCUAUGUUCAAUGCGGUUUCACCCAGUCGUUAACGAAACAUGUAGCUAUCGAUUUUAUGCAUGGAAGGUAAAGGCUAGCUGUUAGCAUUUUCAGCCACUGAGGCCCGGCUUUAUGUAAGUGUACCCGGCCUCGCUUUUCAACAAUGUAUCCAACCUGGGGGAAUUUUGGUGGGUCCCAGCCCCAAAACUUUGGAGGGUCUGGACCUCGUAAGCAGCCUGCUGGCGGCCCGGCAGCUGGUUUCGGCGGCUUCGAGGCCCCAGCUGGCGACUCGUUGUUCUCCAGCCUGCAGGAGCAACACCGCCAACAGAUGCAGCAGCUGCAGAUGCUGCACCAGAAGCAGCUCCAGUCUGUGUUACACCACGGCUCCAAUGCUAAUUCGUACGGUGGGGGGCAUUCAGGUGGAUUUUCAGGGCCGUCGUGGCACUCGGAAGCAACUUUACCAGUCAAUUCAGAUAGCGGUACUGGGACUCAAUCGUACUUCCAGCAAGACGACAUCCCUGGUUCGGCGGCCAGAGGUCCUCCUGUUCCCCAACAGGGUCACCAGCAGCCUCCUCCACCUCCACCUCUAUCUAACCCCAAUGAAACCCAGCCGGGCCCUCCCCCUCCAGAGCCCCCGUCAGUGAAACCACCUGAGAACCCGAGUGCUCCUAAAGCCAAAGAGGCUACCAGUCAAGAUCCAUCAUUACCAGAAGAAGACAACCCUUCAAAUCUACAACAAAAACAGCAACUUUGGUACAAACAACAUCUUCAAAAUCUUCAGAAGUUAAAGCAAGAAAAAGCAAAACAGAAACAGGCUCCUGUGCCACCUCCACUUCAAGGCAAAGCAGUUCCACCUCCUCCUCCAUCAGAACCCCCAAAAGGUGCACCUCCUCCACCCCCUCCAAAAGAAGAGCCCCCAGCACCUCCUCCACCUCCUGAAGAAGUACGUAGUGAAAAUGUAGGAAAAUCACCUACAAAUAAAGACACAGCUGAGGUCCCGAAAGACCCAGAGGAGGCUGCCCGCCUCCAGCAGUUGCAAGCUGCUGCAGCGCAGUGGCAACAGGUGCAGCAGCAGAGAGCAGGUUUGCAAUAUCAGGCUCUCAUGCGACAGCACGAAAAGCUUCAGCAGAUCCUGGAACAAUACCAGCAGCUAAUUCAGCAACCUGAACAUCUACAGUCGAUGUCAGCUGAAAUGCAGCUGAGGCACUAUGAAAUGCAACAGAAGCAGUUCACCCCUUUAUUCCAAGACUGGGAUUGCUCCUUUGGCCUUUGGCAUGAACAGUUCAAGACUUAUCCCCACAAGGACCAAUUGAAGGACUAUGAGCACCAAUGGAAGCAGUGGCAGGAGCAGAUGAAUGCCACCAAUGCCCACCUUCAGGAGAGGGUUGCCACUCUAACUGCCAUGGUGCCAUUUGCCUCAAUGCAGUAUAGUAGUGGGAUGAUGGGGCAAUAUGGCCAAUACCCUGGGCAAGACAAGCAAAUGCAGCAACAGUCAGUAACACCUGGUGUGCAACAUUCUCCUGUGUCUGUUGGUCCUAGACCUCAAGGGCCACCGCCCACUGGCUUCGGGCCACCGUCAGAUUCAUCUGCUGGACCUCCUGUAAGAGGAGAUGGCCCUGCUGGCAUAGUCAGAACCCCAGGCCCCCCCACGGUUCAGCAACCAGGCUUCAACAGUAUAAGAGGUCCACGCGGAAACAACCCUAGGUUUGACCAGCCACAGCAAGGUUUUGACUGUCCCCCGAGGUUCGACCAGCCACAGCAGCGUUUUGAUGCCCCCCCCCAAUUUGAACCACGGCAACGCUUUGAUGGUCCUCAAAGAUUUGACCAACCAAGGCAGCGCUUUGACAGCCCUCCAAGAUUUGACCAACCAAGGCAGCGCUUUGAAGGUCCUCCAAGAUUUGACCAACCAAGGCAGCGCUUUGACGGUCCUUCAAGAUUUGACCAACCAAGGCAGCGCUUUGAUGGUCCUCCAAGAUUUGACCAACCAAGGCAACGCUUUGAUGGUCCUCCAAGAUUUGAUCAACCUCGAUUUGGGCAGCAGCCUAGGUUUGAUCAGCCCCCAAGGCCCCCUGGCCCAAUGCCACGUUUUGAACGCCCACCUGUGCCCCAGCAAAAGCAACAGCAAGGUCCUCAACCUAAGGCAGAUCCGGCCAAUAACGAACCCACUAGUAUUGUUUCAAACACAUCUGGAAAAUCAACUGGGAAGCCACAGACUGAAAAAGAAAAAAAAGAAUCAGAACCAAAUAAUAAGGCCAAUGCUGAAGACAUGACAGAUGAUAACUUGCUUGGGAAUGGGGGCUUUUUUGUCCAAAAUGACCCAAUUCCUCAGACAUUACAACCCAACACAACACCUGAGAAACCUGAUGGCAACACGGCUUCUAACAAUAGUGAAAAAUCCAAACCUUUGAACUUACCUUCUGUAACUGCUCCUUCCAUUGUAACAGCAAAAAAUAACUCCUCUACACAAAAGCCUAUCAAAGCAGAAGGACCAAUAUCAAACAAUAAACCCCAAGUUGUUCAAAAGCCCCCUGGAAUACAACAAGGACAGCCAUCUUCUGGUCAAGUGCAGUCAAGACAAGAUCCUGCCAAGCCUCCCAUAGGUAGGGGGCGAGGCCAGCCCCCAGCACCAGUCACACCUCUAGGACGAGGACGGGGACAGAUAGGUGGUGAAGAGUUCAGGGGGCCUAACACUGAACCACUUGGCGAGAAUAUAGUAAACAUGUCAUACGACUACAUGCAAUCUGAAGAGACCUAUGAGAUGCCAGAGCAGGAUGAAUAUCAGUGGGAGGAUCCUUCAUAUGAGGAAUUUGGUGGUGGGGAAGAGGUGCCCCCUGAAGAAAUGUGGAUGCCAGAAGAUCAUCACUUCCAAACAGAGGAGGAGUAUUAUGAAGAACCAAUAGGAGGACCCUAUAUGGGAAGAGGAAGGCCUCCAAUGAUGAGGGGAGGUCCUCUUCGAGGAAUGGGAGGCCCACCUUUUGGCAGAGGUGGUCCUCCUUUUGGAAGAGGAGGUCCACCGAUGGGUAGGGGGGGUCCACCGAUGGGAAGAGGAGGUUUACCUAUGGGUAGAGGGGGACCCCCUUUUGGAAGAGGAGGUCCCCCUAUGGGGAGAGGAGGUCCCCCUAUGGGGAGAGGAGGUCCACCUAUGGGGAGAGGAGGUCCCCCUAUGGGGAGAGGUGGUCCCCCUAUGGGGAGAGGAGGACCACCCAUGGGAAGAGGAGGACCACCCAUGGGAAGAGGAGAACCAAUGGACAUGCACUGGGAAGACCCUGAGUCAGCUGAGUACCCAGAGGAAGGUGGCCCUUACUGGGGAGAAAGAAGACCUCCAAUGAGAGGCAUGAGACCCCCAUUUCCACCUGGCCGGGGUCGUCCCCCUCGUGGUCAUCCUGGUUUUAUGCAUCCAGGACGGGGGCGUCCCCCGCACCCACCACAUGGGCCAAUGGAUCAUGAUCCAUUAGGCCAUGGAAUGGAGGCUGAUGAGGCAGAAGGGGAUCCUGCUAUGAUGUACCAUGACCCUCAUGGCCAUCCAAUGCACCCUGAUGUAGGUAGAGGCAGGCGUCGUGUUCCGCCACCACCUCACGAAAUGUUGGACUCUAUGGAGGAGCCUUUGUAUGAUAAAGGAAUGGAGGGAGAAUUAGGGUGGGAGCCACCACAUGGCCGAGGCCCUCCUGGGCCUCCAACUGAAAUGGUGGAUUCGGGACGAUUAAGUAGGAGACCUAUAGGUCGAGGGAUGGCUAGAGGAAUGUGGCGAUCUGGUCCAACACAUGAAGAAUUUGAAGAUCAAUAUAAAGAGGGUUAUGUUGAGGAUUAUGGUCAUGGGGAAGGCGGGCAUCGUUGGCGACCCCCAACAGACUAUCCCCCAGAAGACCUUCGGCAUGAGGCUAAGUACCGCGAGUCUGAGUGGGAUAGGGAGGGUGCUCCCCUUGAGAGAGACUAUCCCCCUCGCAAGCCACCACCCGAGCCCUACAGAGACAGCCGCUGGCUGGAAGAAAGAGAAAGGGAUCGUGGUCCUCCAUUUCCCUAUGAUGAACAUGACAGGGGAAGAGGAGAGCUAAGAAUCCGUGAAUACAGAGAUGAGCCACCAUACCCACCGCUGCCACCAGCUUCAGAAUGGGAUAGAUCUUCAAGACAUCCUCUAUUACCAGAAAGAGUGUAUCCUGCUGACUUUGAAGAUCGUAGACCUCGCUAUGAAGAGGCCAGGGAAGGGUCUCCUUUGGAUAGACCUCCACCUUUACCUCCUGCUGCACCUGCCACAAACUUGCCAGAGAGUUCAGUUGAUCUAGCAUCACAAGGAUCAAGCGGUGCAAAUGUGCUGGCUCUUUCCCAACGUCAGCAUGAGAUCAUCUUGAAAGCUGCUCAGGAACUUAAACUUAUAAGAGAAUUGCAGGAAGGGAAGACUGAACCUCAGCCUGCACCAGCUGACAUCCUGCCGGAGCUUCCCGCUGGUCUUCUUGGUUUGGAGAUCCCUGCAGAUGUCAGGAAUGUUUUAAAGGGCAUGUCUGCAGCAGCACACACAGCUGUUACUGAGCCUGCGUCGUGGAAUACUAAGCCUGCUAUUACAGAAUACCAGACAUCUCUUCCUGCUGCCCCUACACUUCAAGUUAUUCCAAAGACUGUGGAUUAUGGGCAUGGUCAUGAGCCUGGAGCCACUGUUGAGCGUAUGUCUUAUGGGGAGAGAAUUGUAUUAAGGCCUGACCCAGUGCAAUCAGAUAGGGGAUAUGAAAAAGAGCCUCUUGGUCCAAGAGAUCUUUACAGCAGAGACCCGUAUUAUGACAGACGAUCUGACCCGUACAUGGACCGCCGCGAUUACAGCAGGGAGAGGGAAUUAUACAGAGAGAAGCUUCCACCAGAAUAUGAACGAGAAAGAUAUGAGAGGGAGCGCUAUCCACCGAGAGAUAGAGAUGAAAGAUCUCCACUGGCACCUUCUUUACGUCCUGGAUACAGGGAGAGAGACCGAGAUAUAAGAGAGAGAGAGAGAAGUGACAGUCGAGACCGAGAUGAACAUUAUGGAAGGCCUGGCUACGAUAGACCUCCAUACGAGCGAACUGGACACGAUCGUAGUGGGGCUGAGCGUUAUGGCCAUAGCUCCUCGCCCUACGUGGACAGAAGAACUUAUCCAGAAGAACGAGUGCCUUCUUCUGCACCGGCCCUCCCACCUCCACCUCAGCCACCUCCUCGAGUCGAGAAGAAGCCAGAAAUCAAGAAUAUUGAUGAUCUCCUCAAACCACCGGGCAGAUCAUCACGGCCUGAAAGGAUUGUAAUAAUCAUGAGAGGCCUUCCAGGAAGUGGAAAAAGCCAUGUUGCAAAGCUCAUACGGGAUAAGGAAGUUGAUUGUGGCGGCGCACCUCCGAGAGUUCUUGUCCUGGACGACUAUUUCAUGACUGAGGUUGAGAAAGUUGAGAAAGACCGAGACACAGGGAAAAGGGUCAAAAGCAAGGUUCUGGAGUACGAGUACGAACCAGAAAUGGAGGAUACCUACCGAAACAGCAUGCUUAAAACAUUUAAGAAAACUCUGGAUGACGGCUUUUUUCCCUUCAUCAUUUUGGACACCAUUAACGACAGGGUGAAACAUUUUGAUACAUUCUGGAGUGCAGCCAAAACAAAAGGGUUUGAGGUGUACCUGGCUGAAAUCUCUGCAGACACUCAGACCUGUUCAAAGAGAAAUGUUCAUGGGCGCACUCUUAAGGAUAUUAUGAAGAUGUCCAAUAACUGGGAGCCUUCACCACGACACAUGGUGCGUUUGGAUGUCCGGUCCCUGCUUCAGGAUGCUGCUAUAGAGGAGGUUGAAAUGGAAGACUUCAAUCCAGAUGAUGAGCCCAAGGAACCGAAAAGAGAAGAGGAAGAAGAGGGAGAUAAGGGCUAUAUUCCAAAAAGCAAAUGGGAGAUGGAUACGUCUGAGGCAAAACUUGACAAACUGGAUGGUCUGGGGAGCAGCGGGAAGAGGAAACGUGAAGACAUGGCAGGCAUGGAUCACUUCCUUCAGCUGCCAGAUGACUAUGCCACACGCAUGUCUGAACCAGGAAAGAAAAGGGUUCGCUGGGCCGAUCUGGAAGAACAGAAAGAAGCCGAUCGAAAACGCGCGAUCGGCUUUGUAGUGGGUCAAACUGACUGGGAGAGGAUAACGGAUGAGAGCGGUGAACUGGCACAAAGAGCUCUCAACCGAACCAAGUAUUUCUAAGAAGAUCGUAAAAUGCCCCUUUUUCCCCCCUCAUUGAACGGUGUUCCGAAUGUGAAAACACUGAAGCUUGCUGGUGGUGAAAGACGAUACUCGUGGAGGUUUCAUCAACUAUAAUUAUCAGAUUCUUAGUUAUUUCACUGAGAAGGAUACCGCAUUGUUUUUUGUUUUGUAUUUUUAAGAAGACACUCUGGUUGUCCGCUAAUUAAUUAGUCAUUUAUGAUUCUGUAGUUUUCUCGUCAUGUGUCCUGUAGGCUAUUCAGUCCAGCUUUUUGCUGUUUUAUAUAAUUCAUGCUUUCUGUACUGUAUACCUGUAGCACUGUUUCUUGGUCUGUACAUACAGGAAAAAAGACAAUAAAGUUCUCAAAAUAAUCAA